AUGAGGGUAAUAGAACGUCUACCAGUACUCAUCAAGAGCAAUGGACAAUGGAAUGAAGAUCACAAUUAUGUGAACUAUGUGGCUAGUGGAGAAUUCAUACCAACAAAAUGCAAUUACGAAGAGCUACUGCAAAUACUGCUUACUUCAUUGGGGUGCGAAAACACCAGCACAACACUACAAAUACAGUACCAAGCUAAAGAAGGAAUACCACCGAUAAAAAUAUGUAACGAUCGAAGCCUCUACUUUUACUUGGAAUUGAAAAUCAAGGAAACAGAUUUCACCACAUAUCCACUAUGCGUCAACCAGCAAAACAACAACACAACACCUGCUGCAACACCAAAUUUGAUAUCCACAACACCACCGUAUGAAUAUAAUGUGGCAAUGAUCGAAAACAACACAACAACGCUUGAAAACAACAUAACAACAACAGAAUCAUACACAACGGGACAGCAAACAGAAGAAGGGGAACAGUCAGAAACAAUAGAAGAUGAGAACGACAAAUUCGACAUAAUUGACUAUGCAAAUCUGGUUGCUGAAGAAAUGGUAGAAAAACUUGAAAACACCAGUAAAAAACUGGAUCCAGAAUUCGACAUCAACAAUGCAAAGUUAAUAACAGACAAGCAUCACCCCGAAGUGGAAAAAGGACAGGCAUACAAAGACAAGGAAACUCUAAAGAAUGUCCUCAGCUACUACGCAAUCAAAAACAACUUUCAGUACAAAGUGUGGAAGUCCUGCUCUCAAGAGUACAGUCUGAAAUGUGUUUACGAAAGUUGCAAUUGGUCACUACGAGCAUCGAGAAAUGGCCCAACAAACUCAUUCAUAAUCAGGAGGUUCUCAAAUAUCCACACAUGCCCUAUAAAUAUUAGGCAUGAAGACCAAAGGCAAGCAACAUCGAAACUGAUAGGGGAAUGCAUAAAACUGAAGUUCUUGAACAUAAAGACAAAGGCAACACCGAUGGACAUAAAAGGGGAGUUGAAAUACAGGUAUGGCAUCAAAAUGAACUAUAUGAAAGCUUGGAGAAGUAAGGAACAUGCAGUAAAUGACUUGAGAGGUAAUGCUAGUGACUCGUACAGCCUAAUAUUGAGUUUCUUACACAUGGUGGAAAAAACAAACCCGGGAUCAUUUGUCGAUCUGAAAACAACAGAAGACAACAACUUGCUCUUUGUUUUCAUGGCGUUGGAUGCAUCCAUAAAAGGGUGGGGAGCAUGCAGACCGAUAGUUGUUGUGGACGGAACGUUCCUCAAAGCAGCUUAUGGGGGAACUUUGUUGUGCGCAUGCACACAAGAUGCAGCAGAAGCGUAUGGGGUUCGGGAACACCAAUGCCUAAUUUCAGACAGGAAUGAAAGCCUCAUCAAAGCAGCAAGAGAAAUCUAUCCAGAAAUUACACACAGUUACUGCGGUUACCACAUUUUGAGCAAUCUUAAAACAAGCUUCAAACAACAUGCUGCCAAAUACAAUCUGCCAUUCUUUGGAGCAGUCAAAGCCUACACAGAAAAGCAAUUCGAGUUCCACAUGGCUGAAUUGGAUGGAUUGGACAAACACAUAAGACCUUACCUAAAAAAAGUUGGUUAUGAAAAGUGGUCAAGAAUUCAUAGCCAAAACAAGAGGUAUUCUACAAUGACCUCAAACAUAUCAGAAUCACUGAACGCCACAAAUUUGGCAGCAAGGGAGCUACCAAUUACAACGCUGCUAGAAUGA